AUGGAGGUGAAGAAGGAUGGAGGAGGAGGAGGAGGAGGGCCGUGGUCUUCUUCGGGAGCAUCUUCUGCUCCCUCCAGCCCCGGCUGCUACAGGAGCACCCUCAUAGCUUUGCUCCUCUUCUUCCUCGUUAUCGGGGUCUUUGCGGGCCUGCUCAUCGCCUACCUGGUGCAGGAGCAGCAUUAUUUCAUGGAGACAGUGGAGCUGAAAGGUCUGAAGUAUGAUCCUGCUCUGCAGGAUGAGAACUCUGGAUUCUCCAUAGUACUAUCUUCAGUUUUAAAGUCAAAGAUUAAAAACGUCUUCACUGCCACAUCGCUGUCACGUCACUACGUUGAUUGCAGUAUUGUUGCCUAUGGUAACAUUAACGGUGACGUGAUGGCGACGUUCAGACUGGUCUUCAGGGUGUCCAAGAUCCACCAGUAUUCAGACAACUUUGUUCAGGACUUGCUGAGCGCAGGGCUCGGCUCAGCGAUGCACGGGAAGCCACUAGAGGUGCCAGAAUUUGGAGAGAUCAACACUAUCGUCUUGCUGGGAGCCAGUGGGAAGUCAUUUUAUGUUAUUGGAGAUGAGAUGAUCGCCAGGUGUCCUGACAACACCUUCACCUGUGACAAUGGAGAAUGUGUCACCAAAUUGAACCCAGAGUGUGACUUCAUCCCUGACUGUGCGGACGAAUCUGAUGAAGCUCGCUGUGCUUGUGGCACACGUCCUGCUAUGGGGAGUCGGGUAGUGGGUGGCGAGGAUGCUCGGGAAGGGGAGCUGCCAUGGCAGGUCAGUCUGAGGUUCCACGGGCGCCACACCUGUGGAGCCUCUAUCAUCAAUGAACGCUGGCUGGUCAGCGCAGCACACUGCUUUGAGAGGGACAAUGACCCCAAAGAGUGGACGGCCCUGGUGGGGGCCACGCUGGUAAGCGGCGAGGAGUCCGAGUCCAAAACAAUUAACAUCAAGUCGCUUGUUGUGUCUCCGGACUACAACCCCAUGACCACCGACAACGAUGUUAGUGUGCUGGAGCUGGAGACCCCUCUCACCUUCAGCUCUUACGUCCAGCCCGUCUGCCUGCCCUCCCCGUCUCAUGUCUUCGCCCCCGGACACAGCUGCGUGGUGUCAGGGUGGGGCGCACUGAACCAGUUCAAUCCUGAGGUGCCUCCCACGCUGCAGAAAGCGGUGGUGAAAAUCAUCGACUCCAAGGUGUGCAAUAAAUCGUCUGUGUACAGAGGCGCUGUCUCUCGCAACAUGAUGUGUGCCGGAUUCCUGCAGGGCAAGGUGGACUCGUGUCAGGGUGACUCUGGAGGGCCUCUGGUGUGUGAGGGGGCCCCAGGAAGGUUCUUCCUGGCUGGGGUGGUGAGUUGGGGUGUGGGCUGUGCCCAGAUCAACAGGCCUGGGGUCUAUUCCCGCGUCACCAGGCUCCGCAACUGGAUUCUAAGCCACACAGAUCCCAGCUUUGCCCAUGAUUACUCCCAGUAUGUUCCCACUGUGCCAGUUACUGUGACAGGAGGGAGCCUUGAUCAUCUGCCAGUACCCAGGAGCACAGCCAUGGACGUGUCAUCUGCACCAACACUACCUGUCUUUAACUGCAGUGGAAACUUCCAGUGUAGCGCCACCUCCUGCAUCAGCAAACUCAACCCCGAGUGUGACGGAGUCCCCGACUGCCCCAACAGGGCCGACGAAAGAAACUGUGACUGCGGUGUGCGUCCUGCGUUGGGCUCCCAGAGAAUCGUGGGUGGAGUAACAGCUCGAAGGGGGGAGUGGCCUUGGAUUGGCAGUCUUCAGUACCAGAGGCUUCACCGAUGUGGUGCCACACUCAUUCACAGCAAAUGGUUACUCACAGCGGCACACUGCUUCAAAAGCGACCCGAGCCCCACUAACUGGGCUGUGAGCCUGGGAUCUGUGCUGCGCUCUGGGGUGGGAGCCCUGGUCAUCCCCAUCCAGAGGGUCGUCAUCCACCCGGCCUUCAACGGCACAAACAUGGACCACGACGUGGCUCUGCUGGAGCUGACGGUCCCAGCCCCCACGUCCUACACCAUCCAGUCUGUCUGUCUCCCCUCGCCGGUGCACCACUUCCUGAAAACAGCAGAGUGCUACAUCACGGGCUGGGGAUCAAUGAGGGAAGGAGGUUCAUUGACCAACCUGCUGCAGAAGGCUGCAGUGAACAUCAUUGACCAGGCCGACUGCCAGCACUCAUAUGGAAACAUACUGACUCCUAACAUGAUGUGUGCUGGUUACAUGGAGGGCGGCAGGGACACCUGUUUGGGAGACUCUGGGGGACCGCUGACCUGCCGUCAGCUCUCCGGCCAGUGGUUUAUUGCUGGAGUGACCAGCUGGGGACACGGAUGUGGGCGAAUUGGUUUUCCGGGGGUUUAUACUCGUGUGACAUCCAUCAGGGCAUGGAUAUCAACAUACCUGCCUUUCUGA